AUGGGGUCAAAAGAGCCCUUCGAUUGUGCGGUUUGUCUUUGUGAAUUCUCAGAACAAGAUAAGCUAAGGUCGCUUCCUUUAUGCAGCCAUGCUUUUCACAUUCAUUGUAUCGACAAUUUGUUGCUUUCAAAUUCGAGUUGUCCUUUAUGCAGAGGUACACUUUUUACUCCUGGAUUUUUGGUUGAAAAUCCAGUCUUAGACUUCCAUGAUGAUUCAAGGGAAGAAGAUGAUCAUGUGUUAGGGGUACCUUGUAAUUUUAAGCAAUCUGGAGGGGGGAUUAAAAGUGGGUGUAUCCGGUUCAAGAACAAGCAGCAACAAGGCUAUUCUAAGUAUGUAAUUCAUGUCCUUUUGGCUGUUUCAACUUAUAGCUAUUGGCUUAGAACUAGCUGCUGUUUGGGAAUCUAUCUGUCAAGCACAUGUAUCAGAACUGUUCUAGAUAGUGCUGCUCAAAGUUUUUGUCAUCAGUUGGUCCAAAUGUGCCAAGAAUCUGGCAUGGAAUUUAAAAGUGAAAGUGUGGUUCCAAUCUACUCUGCAAGACAAGAUCAGGUCAAUAAGGCUUUAAGGCACGUGUAUACAGCCAUUGUAAAACAAACUUGGAGGAACAGAGUUGGAAUUGCUUAUUACCAUUCUCCCUGA